AUGGCUUCCAUGACGCCUCCAUUACUCUCAAGGACUCUUGUUACUUCUUCUACUUCUUCAAUGGAUCUUGAACACUCCAAAAGAGCCGAUGAUGCAAAUCCAACGUCUUUGGCGCGUUCAAGAACUAGAGCGGAAUUUGAAGCCGAAGCUCAUGAAGUUCCAUCUGGACCGAACCCUAUUUCAAACAAUUUGAUAUUGUAUUCAAAAGGAUCAGAGAAAGACAAGAAGGGAACAAAGCGAAACAUGAAAUGGUCUUCAUGUUUCCCCAGAAAACCAAAGAAAAAUUCGACACAAGGAAAGACACGAAACAUGAAAUUUUUUUUGCUUUUUCAGAUAAAAGAGAAGAAACGAUGUAAAUGGCUGAGAAAAGGAAAAGCGAAAAUCCAUUGUGUACCUGUUAUUCCAUUUAAGAAUAAGAAAAGGGUAACAUCCGAAACGCAAGAUCAUGAUGUUGCUUCUCCUAAAAGGGCCCGUAAUGAAGCUAAGAAGUACAAGACUAACAACAAAAAUCAUGUCAGCAACAAUGUCGCAGCAAAAACCUUCAGCUUCAGGGAACUAGCUAUGGCGACAAAUAACUUUAAGGAAGAAUGCCUUCUUGGGGAAGGUGGAUUCGGGCGAGUUUACAAAGGAAAGCUUGAAAAGACGGGCGAGGUUGUAGCUGUGAAGCAACUAAACCGUGAUGGGAAACAAGGAAACAGAGAAUUUAUUGUAGAGGUUAUGAUGUUGAGCCAUCUUUGUCAUCCGCAUCUAGUAAAUCUAGUUGGAUAUUGCGCAGAUGGAGAUCAAAGACUGCUUGUAUAUGAGUACAUGUCGUCUGGUUCUUUGGAAAACCAUCUUCUCGAUCUUCCUCCUGGAAAGCGGCCACUUGAUUGGUCAACAAGAAUGAAAGUGGCCAUGCAUGCUGCACAAGGCCUGGAAUACUUGCACGAGACAAACAAUCCACCGGUUAUCUAUCGCGACUUAAAGUCUUCCAACAUACUGCUUGAUCAGGAUUUUAAUGCGAAACUAUCAGAUUUCGGGCUAGCCAAGCUUGGUCCAGUUGGGGAUAAGACACAUGUAACAUCGAGAGUAAUGGGAACACUUGGAUACUGUGCACCUGAGUAUCAGAAGACCGGUAGGUUAACUGUAAAGUCGGACAUCUACAGUUAUGGGGUCGUGUUGUUGGAACUCAUUACUGGAAAAAGAGCCGUAGAUUUGACAAGGAAAAGUGAAGAACUACAUCUUGUUAGAUGGGCAGAAACCAGAAUCAAGGAUCCACACAAGUACUGGGAACUGGUCGACCCACUUCUCGAAGGAAGUUAUCCACAUACCGAUAUAAGCCAAGUGCUAGCCAUAGCAGCCAUGUGUCUCAGCACAGAUGCAUCAGUGCGUCCAUCAAUCACAGAUGUGGUCACUGCCCUUGCUUCCCUUGUGCAGGAUCCAAUGCCAUCAACAUGAUUAGUGUGUUCUUCAUAGUAAUGACUCGUAAACAGAGUAAUCUGAACAAGAGUGUUAGGACCAAACGAAUGGGACUAAAUCAAGGUGCAAAGCGUUGUCAAAGCAUAGUGUUCAAAUCGUAAUGAGAACCAACGUGCUAGAUGAACUGCACGCAAUAUCUCAAUCCUUGCUCAAUUGCAUAUCAUAUUCACCA